CCAAAGAAAGCCAAGAAGAGGACAGCAGAGGGAGCCAACUCCAAUGUGUUCUCCAUGUUUGAGCAGGCCCAAAUCCAGGAAUUCAAAGAGGCCUUCACUAUCAUGGACCAGAACAGAGACGGCUUCAUCGACAAGAAUGACCUGAGAGACACUUUUGCUGCUCUAGGACGUCUCAAUGUGAAACAGGAAGAGCUCGAUGAGAUGCUCAAAGAGGCUCCUGGCCCAAUCAACUUCACUGUCUUCCUCACCAUGUUCGGUGAGAAGCUGAAAGGUGCUGAUCCAGAGGAAACCAUCCUCAACGCAUUUAAAGUCUUUGACCCUGAGGGGAAAGGAGUGCUGAGGAAGGAUUAUGUGACACAGAUGCUAACAACACAAGCUGACCGAUUCUCCCCUGAAGAGAUGGAGCAGAUGUUCGCUGCCUUCCCCCCAGAUGUGGCAGGAAACCUGGACUACAAGAACCUGGUUCACAUCAUUACCCACGGAGAGGAAAAGGACCAGGAGUAA